AAUAAAACAUUCAGUGAAAAGCUUAAAAUAAAUAAAAUCCAUAGUAAUAUAUCAAUUGUUUGAUACACAAGUUUCUAAUUAAGUAAUGGGCUAAGUAAUAUAUAAUAAUCUUAAGCUAUUUAAUACAUAUAAACUAGCAUAUGCAUUUUUAAAAGUGUAAUUUAGUCGCAUUAAAUUGAUUGGAGAUUGUCAAGAUAUCACAAAUAAAAUGCUGACAGCUGAUUGGUCAGUUCGUUCCUGAAGGCAGAGUAUAGGCUAUCAUAGCAGUUUAAGGAUUUAAGAGCUAGUUAAUCACAGUGAACUGAUUAUAAUACUAUAGUAGUAUUUUAACCGACUUGAAAAAUCUUAAACUUACAAAAUUUUGGAGGAACAAGAGAGAAGAUAUUUGAAAUACAACUUUAAAAGGAUUUAAUGGAUAUUACUGUUUAUAAGAGUAAUAGAUGAUUGGUUGUCACCGAAUACUGGUGCGAGGGGUGAAAAUUACAAACCUUGUGAAAGCGUGGAUGGGCAUCUUUUGAAUUUGGAGAUUGAAAUGUGCAUGGAAAAGAUAAUAGGAUAACUUUGAAGGAACUUAAAUCUGACAAGUACGGAAUAAAUGAUAUGACCUCAUUGGAUGUUUAAAUUGUAGAUUGUCCCAUUAAACGGGUGAAAGGUACAUUGUUGGAGUUUAAUUGAAUUUCGGAAUUUCUUUUAACUGUUCUGUUGGAAUUUAGAAUUGAGCAAUCAACACCCUGGAGUGUAGAGGAAAAUUAGGUAAUUUAUUCCUGUGUUGUUAAAAAGCGAAUGAUAUUCAUAAAUUGUACAAUUGAGUAUUAUGGUGAAUGACAGAAUGAGCGCAUUGUAGAAUGUUAUUGAUAUUCAUUUAACUAUGAUUAUAUAGAUUCUGCUGAAAAGAACAAGUUACAAAGGAUAGAAAAUGGAGUCUGCAGAAAGUCUUUCCUGCCUUAUUUGUGUGUUCUCGUAUCUCAUCAACUAUUCCGAUGGUUUGACAUACACCAUUCCUGAGGAAUUGCCUCGAUUUAAACUUAUCGGCAACAUCGCUGAGGAUGAAGACAUAAGAUCACUGGUGAGCGAAGAUGAUUACAACAGCUUAGAGUUUCACUUUUUAAACUUAGACAAUCCAUAUUUAAAACAUUUUGCCAUAGAUUCAAGCUCAAGUGAUUUAAGCAUAGACGAACCACUAGAUUGGGAAGUAAUCUGUCAAUUUUCUACAACAUUUUCUUGUCCAGUAACCCUAGAUGUAGCUGCUCAAAGUAAAACGGGAACUUUCUUCAAAAAGAUUAGCAUCACGAUAUUUUUAGAAGAUAUUAACGAUCAUCCACCCAAGUUUGAGUCACCGUUCUUCGCAUUUUCCUUGUCGGAAUCUGAAGUAACAGGAAAGUCAAUAGCAAUAGAUACCGCCACUGACAUGGAUAGUUCCAACUUUUCUGUGCAGAGCUAUGAGGUAAUUCCAGCAGACGUUCCUUUUCGUGCAGAUUUUGUAGAAAAUUCAGAUGGUCCAUCUAUGUUGAAUCUAGUGCUUACAGACAGACUUGAUAGGGAAGUUGUUGACAGUUACUACUUUAUGCUCGUAGCAAAAGAUCCUUCGUUCAAUGGAACCAUGAUGAUUAAUGUUACAGUUGAAGAUGACAAUGACAACAGACCAGUGUUUGAAAAGUCUGUAUACCGUGUUAGUGUGAAAGAAAACUAUCCUCUGAAUGUAACGUUUCUUAAUGUAACGGCUACUGACGAUGACAUUGGCCGUAAUGCCAAGAUUUCGUACCAUCUCAGUUCUCAACAAUCGCAGGAAAUAAAAGAUACGUACCAAGUUGAUUCUUUAAGUGGCGAAGUCUAUUUAGGGAAACAUUUGGAAUAUGUAUCAGACAAAGCUAUAAAAGUGAAAAUUGAUGCAGUUGAUGAUGGUGAGCGACCUUUGACCUCCCAGACUGUUGUCGAGGUAACAGUGGAAGAUUCAGAAAAUAAUGCUCCAGUAAUUAAGAUUAACUUGUUGUCAAAUUCCCAGUCGGCAGAAACAACAGAAUAUGCAAGCUUUGGGUCUGUAGUGGCCUACGUGGAAGUUACAGACAAAGAUGGAGACAGAAAUGGACGUGUUAGCUGUGAAGUACAAAAUGGUCCUUUUGGAUUGCAAGCCGUGGAAGAUAAAGAAUAUAAAAUAAUUGUUUUUGGUGACUUAGAUCGUGAAACUAUUGAUAAACAUAGUGUAACUAUACAAUGUCAUGAUUUUGGUGUUCCAGAAUUAACUUCCUCUGCUAACUUUACAGUAAUUAUUCUUGAUGAAAAUGAUAAUGCCCCAAAAUUUACUGAUGAAGUUUAUGAAUCUACAGUUAUGGAGAAUAAUGAGAAUGGAUCUACGAUCGUGCAAGUUUUUGCUCGUGAUGCCGAUAUGGGAUUAAACAGCCAAGUCUCUUACUCUCUUGACCUGGAAAGUCUUGAAAACUUUUCAAUUAAUAACAAAUCAGGCCUUAUUACUGCAAAAAAAGAAUUUGAUAGAGAAGAAAGAGCUAGAUAUGAAUUCCUUGUAUAUGCGACUGAUGCUGGUUAUCCUCCGCUAUCGUCGUCUGCAAAAGUUUCCGUUACUAUUGACGAUGAGAAUGAUAAUCAGCCACAAUUCAUAAAUCUGCCGUAUGUUUAUCAUAUUCCGGAAAGUCAGAUGAAAGAGACAGUUCUGGGUAAAAUAACUGCAAAAGAUAAGGAUGCUGGAGGUAACGGGUAUGUUUCAUAUAGUCUUGUCGGGAAUUACUCGGAACUGCCGUUUGAAGUGUUACCAGACGGAACUCUGAAAACACUCGACAGUUUUGAUCGAGAAGAAGUAGCAAGAUAUGCUUUUGAAGUUUUGGCUAUUGACAAUGGGAUUGACAUAAGAAAAAGUAACACAGCAAAUGUAACUGUCCAUGUAACAGACAUUAAUGAUAAUACACCAAUUAUAGUGUAUCCACAAGGUACGAAUGUUGUAAAGUAUAUUACAUAUAUGAUGCCUGCUGAUACGCAGGUGAUGAAAAUUGAAGCAACUGAUGCUGAUGAAGGCAAAAAUGCCGAAUUGUCAUACAAUAUUUUUAAGAGAAACGAUACAAAAAUGUUUGAAAUUGGUAGAAAUGGAGAAAUUUAUGUUGCUAGGAAACUGUAUAAGGAAGAAGUAGACUCUUAUUUUCUGGAAAUUGUAGUCUCUGACAAUGGUACGCCACCAAAACGGGCUUUGACAAAAGUUACAAUUGAUGUUCUGAAUAAGAAUGUAACUGCUCUUGGUGCCAGUGAUGCUGCCAUUGACAAACAGAAUAUCAUCAUAGCCGUUAUUGUUGUUGUUGUAACUGUUGUUAUAGCAGCAGCCAUAUUGAUCAUCAUCUGGAUCGUUCGAAGGCAUGAUUUACAGAAGAGAAAAUUUUUUGGUAACAGAGAUGCCCAUCAUAAUGGGGACAAUGAUUCUGGAUUUGCGUCCACUGGUGGACGCAAAAGUCCCGAUGCUGUAAAACAUUUUGACAACGGCUUGGUACUGUCUGCACCCAUCUUGCCGCCAAUGACAAUUGACAGAAGUGACGGAAAAUCAAAAGACGUUACAUUCCAGGACACAGUUCAUGUAAGAGAGAAGAGCGCAGAUUCCACAGUAGAAUCAAAUGGAGAGAGUACAGUACAGUUACAUAGACUGGCUUCCCUUCGCUUACAUCAAGCAUUGAUACAGAACCAUAAUAAACCAUGGACCAGUCAGUCUGAGUUAAAUCAGGACAAUGGGAAAGAUGUCAAGAAACAAGAGGACCUGCACAGUGAUCUCUCCGCCGACACGGCAACAUACGAUAGCGGUAUUGGUGGCAGCGUAUCAGACACAGGAGAUUUGAGGAUUUCCCAACUGCAGCUUCUGGUGAAACAAAAUGGCCGUAGAGGUCAAGCUCCUCACAAACCAGCCAAACCUCCGAGAGUCAUUGCCAGGGGUCAUUCCAGGGCCUCAGAUCAACCACCAGAACGACCUCCACCUCUGAAGAACAAUCCAUAUAAAUCUAAGUCACCGGUACAAUCCCCGGUACAGUUUUCACCAGCUGUCAGUCCGAGUUUGUUCGCAACUUCUAGUCCGACACCAUGUAGUCCAAAUCAGGCGAGUUUCUUUACAGUGCCGUCACCAACACACUUUACAGAUAGACAAAGUCCUUCAAAAAAUGUUGUGCAAGAUUUAUUAAUGUAUAAAAAAUUUCAAAAUGGUUUACAUCUGCCGAAUGGAAGGUUAACAGUGGAUGAGUCAGUUGAUACGACGCACAUGGAUGAUGAUGGCAGCACGACAUCGGGCAGCUACUAUAUAGACAAUACAGUAGAGGACUGGAAAAACCCACCCGUUUGUGAUAUAUACGUAUGACAAAGUGCUCAUCAACAUCCCAUACAGUGCAAGUAAGCUAGAAGAUUGGUUUGUGACUGUGAUAUGACAACCUAUACCUACCUCUAGAACAACAGUGUUUACUCCAUGAUACCCUGACAGUGACAAUCUUGCUUCUGUUUAAAUGUUGGAAAAAUAAUAAGUUACUGAUGUUCUAUAAAUAUAACCAUGGUUGCAAGAUGAUCAGUAUCAAGUUUGAGCUGCAGAAAUAUUAUAGGGAAGAAUGGAUAAUACAUUAUGAGAAAAACUUACAAUAAAGAUGGAGUGAAAAACAAAAAUAGCAUCUUUUAUGAACUUGUAAUACUCAAGAAUAUGGAUGGAGGCUGUUGGUGAAAAGAGUACUGUGUAUUGAUCAAAAAAGAACUUCCAGGGAAGGAAAACAAAUAAGCAUAAUGUGCAAUAAAAUUGGUGCAAUAUUCAUAUAUAUCUUGUAUUGACAAACUAACUUAUAAUGCAUUGAACAUAAAAAAUAUUUCUGUAUGUUUUUGUAUGACAUUCUUAUUUUACUGCCUGAGUAACAUUUCACAGUGGCUUAAGAUGGUAAAAUAGAUCAAAUAAAAAUGAAAAGUUAAA